CUUCUUGUUAGAAAACACGGACACAUGUGGUUCCGCUUCUCUGAGACAUUUCACAUUGUAUUAUUCCUCGGUCCGUCUCUUCAGACACGUGUUGAGCUCUGAGGAAACUCCACAGCGUCUCUUCUCUCUCUCUCUCUCUCAAGCAGCUACUGUCGUACCACCUCACACCUCCUCCUCUCCUCCGCUGGCGAAGGCACGGGCAGCUCAGCUUCUGGGAUCAUGUCACAAGCCACCAAACGCAAACACGUGGUCAAGGAGGUGUUCGGGGACUUCGUGACGCCCACAGAGACGCAGCAGAUAGUGAAGAUCACUGGCAGCCGCGGUAACAACCUCCAUGAAGCUGUCACGGCUCAGGGCGAGAUCUUCCUGGUGAGCAUGCCCACCAAGUUCCGCAAGAACCUCUGGAUCAAGAGAGGUGACUUUGUGAUUGUGGAUCCUAUUGAGGAAGGAGAGAAGGUGAAGGCAGAGAUCAACUUCAUUCUCUACAAAGAUCACAUUCGGGAUCUAAAGAAACAGAAGCUCUGGCCGGAGGGUUUUGUGGAGGAGCCCUCAGCGGAGGACAAGACAACGAAACCGGAGGAGACUGUAGGAAAGGACGCGGAAGAGGAGGCUAGCAACUCUGAAGACGACGAGAGCGACCUGUUUGUGAACACCAACCGCUGUAACUACCAGUACAGCGAGAGCGAGGAGGAGGACAGUGAGGAAGAGGAGGUCAAAUAGGGAUGGACAGAAACAGGUUCACAGCAGGAGAACUGAGGACCGGGACAGUUGAGAGUGAAAGCUGUGAAAACCCUGUGACAGUGUCACUGUGCUGCUGUGAUCACUGACUGAUGCAGGGCUCCUCAGGCUGCAGCCGCCUCUGCACUGGGUUGACAGACUGUUGGAGACACUGGGCUCACUGUGUGAACGUGAACUUACAGAGGAAGGACAAAACAAGUCGUGCCUGUAAGUUAAUAACAUUAAUCAAUCCGUCAAAUAUAAAAGAUAGAAAUUCUGUAGGAUAACCUCUACUGUCAUCUUGUUUGUUUACUGACCUCCAGUGGAGGAUUUGCUGGAUUGUUUGUACUCAGGUGAUGUAAAACAUUUUCAGGGUGUUUCUAAUAUAAACGGUUGUAUCUCAUCACCGUCCUCUGUAGGACAUAAUGAAUAGAAACUCCUAAAUUUCACAUUUAACAAAAAUGAUUUGUUCAAAAAUGUAUUUACAUUCCUAUAAUGUUUGAUCUUUUUGUUGGCUUGAUUGAUGAGUCUGGAAGCUGCAAGCCGAGUGAUCUUUUUUUGCUCCUUGUUCAUGUUAAAGGUUGAAGUUCACUACCACACCAGGCUUCUCAUUCACCAGUUUAUUAAGGGUUGCAGUGGGGGCGGAGGCCAAUCACACCUGACGUGAGGGGAGAGGUGGGGGACUCCCAGGAGAGGUCGACUGUCAUUCACAGAGCAAACCCAGACAGACAACAUUCCCUCUCACAUUCCCACUGACAGACAAUAGUAACAACGACUAAAGGCAUUCAUGUUUUCUUCUUGGUGAUUCUCUGUGAACUCUUGAACCAAGGAACAUAAAUGAUGUGUUAUUGAAUUAGGCAACAUCACUGUUGUGUGCUUCUUUUACUUAACAUUUAUUUAAAUUAGAAGAGGUUUUCUUCCAGGAAGGCUGUAGACGGUCUGCAUGAAGUAGGAUGUGGUAGAUGAAUGAGUCACACACACAGAACAUCCAUCCAGGAGACGAGUUCAAAUCUGUUUUUUUGACUUUGUUAAUUUAUUUUAAUCUUAGUUUUUUUACACUCGUGAGACCUGAUCAUCCACCUCGACCUGAUCUUUACAUAGACCUUUAUCAUCACACCAGAUUUCCUAAAGCCUGGCCGAAAGCCUUUGCCAAUUAAGAUACAUUUCUACCCAAAAGAGUUGCAUCGCUUUCUAACACACAGUAAAUCAUACGUACUUUGUGUUCAGAAUCCACAGAGAAAGUUCAAUCUUGACUGGGUUUCACUUUAAAGGAGUUUUCCAAAGAAACAAUCCACUUUUUAGGCUUUCCACCGAGUGUGGUGAGAAUUCCACACCUUUCCUGUAUUACCAGUCCUCUGCAGGGCAAUUGUUACAUUUGUACCAUUACUACUACAGAGUCUCCCAAUAAAAAAAUUCAGCAUUUAA